AUGGAGGCCAACAAGCCUAGCUACUAUCUCUUCGUCUUCGUCUUCGCGGCGCUCCUCUUGUCCUCCAUGGCAGGAGCGCAGAGGAAGUUGCUGAUGAGUGAAGAUGAUGCAGGAUCGAGGAUGCAGCAGGAAGACGACGAGGUGUUGGUGGUGGUGCACGGCGGGAGAAUCCUCAGGCAGGUGAAGACGAACGACUACGGGACCUAUGACCCAACUCCGACCAUGGCCAAGCCUCACUUCAAGGACAUACCUAACUAA